ACAUUGUGAACCUGCAGUGGACUCCAAAGGAUGAUCUUGCUGCCCUGAAACUACAUGGGAAAUGUGAUGAUGUUAUGAGAUUAUUGAUGGAAGAACUUGGUCUGGAGAUCACAUGCUAUGACAGAACAAAGGAUCCUAUCUUCUCUCUGGCUAUUCCCCUUAGCCCUGAUGAAGAAGGCAGUCACAGUCGGAGACCCGUGGCACCACCAUGGAGCCUGGAGGAGGCACAGAUGCAAGAGCAGCAGCAAGAGCCAGCUUCUCAGCUCAGCCUCUCUCUCUCGGGUGGCUGGUUUGGCAGGGGUUGUGCAAAAGGCUCUAAGAGGAAAAAACUAUGAUAUGGUGCAUUAUGGCCACUCGAAUCAGCUGCGCCAGGCUCGGGCCAUGGGAGACUAUCUCAUUGUGGGAGUCCACACGGAUGAGGAGAUUGCCAAGCACAAAGGACCACCUGUCUUUACCCAGGAGGAGAGGUACAAAAUGGUGCAAGCUAUCAAGUGGGUGGAUGAGAUUGCUGCACAAGCUCCCUACGUCACCACACUGGAAACCCUGGACAAGUAUAAUUGUGACUUCUGUGUGCACGGCAAUGACAUAACACUAACUGUAGAUGGCAAGGACACCUAUGAAGAGGUGAAGGCAGCUGGAAGAUACAGGGAAUGUAAUCGCACCCAGGGAGUGUCCACUACUGAUCUGGUUGGUCGCAUGUUGCUCAUGACCAAGGCUCACCACAGCAACAUAGAUGAAGACCUGGAUUACCGGAAGCACAAGGAUAACUUUGGGAAGGGCCCUAAAGGUCACAGCCCGUGGACUGGAGUCUCUCAGUUCCUGCAGACAUCCCAAAAGAUCAUCCAAUUUGCUUCUGGGAAGGAGCCGCAGCCAGGAGACACCAUCAUCUAUGUGGCUGGAGCCUUUGACCUGUUCCACAUUGGGCACGUGGAUUUCUUGGAGAAAGUGCACCUGCUGGCUGAGAGACCCUACAUCAUUGCUGGGCUGCACUUUGAUCAGGAAGUGAAUCGCUACAAAGGGAAGAACUAUCCCAUCAUGAACAUCCACGAGAGAACUCUUAGCGUCCUGGCAUGCAGGUAUGUGUCCGAGGUGGUGAUUGGCGCCCCGUAUGCAGUUACUGCCGAUCUGCUGGAUCAUUUCAAGGUGGAACUUGUGUGUCAUGGGCUGACUGAGGUGGUGCCAGAUAAGGAUGGCUCCGAUCCAUACCAGGAGCCCAAGAGACGUGGCAUUUUCCGGCUGGUGGACAGUGGCAGCAACCUCACUACAGACCUGAUUGUGCAAAGAAUCAUUAAGAACAGGUUGGAGUUUGAAGCCAGGAACCAGAAGAAAGAAGCAAAAGAGCUGGCUGUGCUGGAGGCCAUGAAGAAAAUGGAGGAAGAGGAGCAUGAGAGAGGCCUGCAGAGCUAGGAUGAUUGAGAACAAGUGUGUGGAGGAGAGAGCACAGCAGUGUUCUCUCUUCUGGAGAAGUAAGCCAAGCCUGCCUACCCUAGACAAGGACAGUGCUGCUGGCUCCAACAAGACGACAUCUCACACAUUCUUCCCUCUUCAUAUCCUACUGCAGAUUGUGCAGAGAUGACAAGCUGGGAUGCUGCUUCCUAGUUUUCUCUUAAUCAGCCCCCAGCCACCUCCUUUCCUAGGGGGAGAUCUGCGUUACCCCUUUAAAGGAAGUUUUAAUUCUGAUUAAUGUUUUAACAUGGUGUGGUUUUACCUUCUGUCAGUUUUGGCUUCUGACAUGUGGGAAGUGCUGUGCCCUCUGCAGGACUCUGCUCCACUUGGUGUGGGAUUUUGGUUGGUUAUGCUGUUAGGAGUCUGUCUGCUUCAGAUCAUCCUUCCUGUUUUUUUUUUUUUUUUUGCUAUCAACAAGAAUUUUACAAACUGAAGAGUCUGCUCCUGCCCAAGCCCUUGAUUUUGACUUCUGAGCACCUAGAAUUUGUAGUGAGAGCUUGUGGGUUCUUAGCACCUGUGAGAAUCAUUCAGGCCCUUAACCUGUAGCAGUGGCCCUCACAGUUGAUACAGAGCAUCAGCUGCUGUCUGUGGGAGAUGACCUCCAGCUACUGUGUGCUGAGCUACUUGCUCUGUGCAUGGGCAGGUGCUGGGAACAGGCCACUCCCUUCUGCAGUGCUCAGAGCUGCUUCAGCUCUGUUGGUACUGGGUCAAACAGCUGGGGGAAAGGCUCGGUGGUGCCUGUGGCUGGUGCUAAUAUAUUGCCAGCUUCCAUACUGAGAAACAGGACCAGUGGGGUGGACAGUGCAGCGAGCAGGAGCAUGGGGGGGGGGAGGGCUCAGUGCCAACAGUUUCCCAAGGGGAAUCAGGGAGGCCAUUAGCUGCACGCAUGUGCUUUCCCUGGGCCCUUCUUCCUACAGCAGCAAGGAUGUGGACUUUGGCCCUCAGUACACACCACAGCGGGCUUUCUCCUUUCUGCCUGUGGGCUGCUGUCCUUUCUGCCCAUUCCUGUCUGUGGGCUGCUGUCUCGCCUGUUCUAACUAGGGAGUGGACAGUCUGCCUGCCCAUCCUGCACAUGGGCUGCUGUCUCACCUGUUCUAAGCAGGGAGCGGGCAGUCCGCCUGCCUGUGGGCUGCUGCCUCGCCUGUAUUCUAACCAGGGAGCGGGCAGUCCGCCUGCCCAUCCCACGCAUAGGCUGCUGCCUCGCCUGUUCUAACCAGGGAGCGGGUAGUCCGCCUGCCUGUGGGCUGCUGCCUCGCCUGUAUUCUAACCAGGGAGUGGGCAGUCUGCCUGCUGGUCUGUCCUGCGAGUGGGCUGCUGCCUUGCCUGUUCUAACCAGGGAGCGGGCAGUCCGCCUGCCUGGUCCGCGCGUGGGAGCGCAGCACUGUGGCGGGGGAGUAGCAGGCGCUGGGUCCUCCCUGGGCGGAUGUUGGGUGGCUCCAGCCUAACCAUUUUCUGUCUGUUGCUAUUGUACGUUUGUUGGAAAUUAAUAAACGUGUUGAGCGGUU